AUGAAGUUUGCCAUCAAGUCAGCACAGACUACGAAAACGUUCAACAAGGUGCAACAGACUCACCGCGCUUCCUCAUCCUUCGAUACUCCUUGGCAGGUCGACUCGGCUAGAGGGUGCGCCGCCCCCAUUUCCGCCUGUCAGGUCCGACACUACUGCGAUCCCUGGUCCGCAUCGCUUGGCCUCGCUUCCUCUGGGUCCACCUGCUCAAACCUCGCCCCGCUCGACUUUGCGCGCAAAGCUUCUUCGGCUGGACCGUCCGCCGCUACUGUACACAGCCGUGCCGCCUUGACAUCGCCCAGCCAGCUCGGGACCAACAUAGAGACCCUGGCCUUGCUCAUCUUUCACAGCCCUUUAGGCCUCGACAAGGAUCUCCCAACACCUCGUCGACUUGAGCCUCUCAGCUAA